CCCCCCAAACCAAUAGCAAUGAAACCGAAAAAAAACCCCACAAACAAACAAAAACAUACAAAAACCCCCGCAAAAUUUGGUUGGUUUGGUGUGUGUUUUUUGUUGGUUUUUUUCAGUUUUUCGUUGUUAUUCGGCUCCCACUGCUGUUGUCUCACCCUUCAGGCGUGAGCCGCUGGCUGCUGAAGUGUUAAUAUCGUAAAGAACGCCUUAAUAACGGCAGCUUCCUUCCUUUGGUCACUGUGAAUUGACACAUCUCUGAGAAAUUGUGGUUUCAGACUCAUAAUCACCAAAAUUUACCUGGGAUGUUACCAGCGUGAGCAGGUUUGGAGUUUGAGGUCCCUUAAGAGCAGUGCUCAUGGUCGUGGCUGUGUUUCCUGGUGUUGAGGAAAAGGUUUUCACACUGCUCAGUGGAGUAGAGCACACCAAGGAAUUUGUGUCUGUAAUGAAAGGUUUGUAACAUUCAGUUAGUGUAAGCUGGCUUAUCUGUGCAUCUUGGAUUUGCUGUUAGUUUUGGGAAGAAUUGUUUCAAAAAGGAGGAGGACUUCUAUGAACAUAUUUCAGGAGAAGCUGUGUUUUUCCAUAAUUAACAAGAAGCAAAAGGGAGUCUGGCAGGCAAAGGAGAGUGCAUGCAUGUGUGCUUGUGGUAAACAGGCAAAAAGAAAUUAAAGGAGGCUGAUGAUCUUGAAAAGAAGAAGUGCCUGUUUAUUAAGUGCAAGAACAGAGGACGAGGCCCCAAGGUAGGAGAAGAAGAUGGAGAAGACCUUGAACAGAAUUCAUCCAGUUUCUGAUCCAAAAGCUACAUAUUUUCUACAGGUGUCAUGGGAAAAGGAUUUAGGCACUGGCUUUGGUUUACUUCUUAGUGAUUGUCAGUGUGCCUGGACUGGGACAGUGUCUGAAUCAGACAUUUCUAGGGAGGCUGAUGACAUGGAAAUGAAAAGAGAAAAAUAUGUGGAAGAGCUGAGGAAAGCACUGAUAGCUGGAGAAGAGUCAGCUGGCAAAUACAACUUUGUCAUUUCAAGAGAUGAGCAGAAUAAGGCCUGUCACUUCUCCUAUGAAAGGAACCUGAAAGAUGGCUCUUUCAGACUUGGAUCUCUGAAGCUGCAGGAAGUCCCAAACCCAGCAGAGGUGAUCAAAGAACUCAUUGGUUACUGCCUGGACAGCCUGGGAAAGCUGCAGGCCAAAACUGAGCAUCUGCAGAGGGAAAAUGAAAGGCUUUUCAGCAACUGGAGCGACGUGGAGAGGAGGCUGGAAAAAUGCGUGGAAGCUAAAGAGGAGCUGGAGGCAGACCUUUACAGCAGGUUUGUGCUGGUGCUGAAUGAAAAGAAGGCAAAGAUAAGAAACUUGCAGAAGCUGUUGAGCGAAGCUAAAGAGUCUGCAGCGGAUGCCAAGUGUGCAAGGGAUAGUACAGCUGCUGCUCAGGUGGUUGUAAAGAGAGAAAACAACUAUGAUGCCAGCACUGAUGAGGAAAGUGAAAAUCCAGCACGGGCCUCGUUGCCAUCAGCUCUGGAACGAAGGGAUUCCUCCCUGCUGGGCAGCCCAGACAUCGUGGACCCAGCUCCCAGGAGAAAAAGAAGGCAAAGGACAGCAAAACCUGCAGGGACAGGAGCCAAGGUGGCUGCUUACGAGGCAGAGCAGCCAUCCCAGGAAAACAGCAGUGUGCCAUCACUCACCCCAGUUUUCCCCCACCUGGGCCAACGUCAGAAAUGUCCCAGCACCUUUCUGUGCCCCAGGGGAGCUUUGAUAAGUGACCCUCAUCACCUGAACACUCCCCUGCCACUGUUCCAGGCUGGGCUGGGAAGGAGAGCUGUGCUGUGUGACCUGUGCAAAAAAAAAAAAAAAAAAUCAAGCUUUUGAUGAUAAAAUUGCAAAAACUGAAUAAGACAUGAGUCACUAGGGGAAAAAAGUGGUACCAAAAAAUCUAGAGUAAUUCUUCAUUCAGCUUGAAAGAAUGAGGCAGAAUAAAAUGCAACAAAGCUCAGCUGUUUUUCUCCUGGUGGUGGUACCUGUGCAGUUCUUCUUUUAACUGAGCAGUAGAUAAUUAGGCUUCCACGUGGGAAUGGGUGAUUUAUUUCCCUGGGAAUUGGAAGGAAUUGGGAUCCACCAUCACCAUUUCUCCCAGCUCCCCAGGGAAGGGUGGGAUAAUGUGAGGGCAGGAAAAAAAUGAGCAUUGUCUGCUGACCUCAGAGGCUGCCAUUUCUCCUGGGAAAAGUCUCUCAGCUCUCCAGUUUGGAGCACAUCUCACAGGUUUUUGUCACUGGUAAUAGCCCAAUAAUUGACUGCU